AGAACUUCGGAUGCACUGUGGCGGCGGCUGCUGAGUCCUCCUCUGGGGAGUCCUGGGCUGUGGGAUUCUAGAGCUGACUUCGCCUUGAAGCUGGACCCGGAAGACCUCAGGAAACCCAUGGCUGCAGGGCGGGCGCCACCCGAGCUGCGCUCAGUGAGGGUAAACCCGCGCGACCCGCGCGUGGCGCAGCCCCUGUCGCUCUACUUCCAAGGCGAACCACAGCCCUUCCAGACGCUGCUGCCAGGAGCCAGCCUCCGAAUCAACAGCUACCGAGGUCACCCUUGGCUCUUCAGGGACGCCAGGACAAACGACAGACUCCUGGUUAACCAAACUGAGUUAUUUGUGCCAUCUCUCAGUGUUGACGGGCGGCCUGCCUUUGCCAACAUCACACUGCCAGUAUACACGCUGAAAGAGCGGUGCCUUCAAGUUGUGCGAAGCCUAGUCAGCCCCGAGAACUACAAAAGACUGGACAUUGUCUCCUCACUCUACGAAGAUUUGGAAGACCACCCCAACGUGAAGAAAGACCUGGAACGGCUUAGCCAAGAACGCAUUGAAAAUCAGUGAUCAGAAAAGGCAGCCAAAGAAAAUCACUGAAAAACUCAGCUUCUGACGGUAUUGAUGAACAAACCAACGGAUGCUCUGGUAGACAGUAUCAGGAGGGUUAGCCUCUUUGGUUGGGGUAGAGGAAAGCUAACUUAAAUGCACAAAGCAAACAUCAUAGAGGGAGUCGUUUUAUGGAAAGUAUUUUUUCUAAUUGUUUAAGGCUUGUCCUUUUUCUUAGUCCAUUCAGUUUGCAGUACUAUUUUGCUUCUGUUUGUAAACCAGGAUUGACUUUCCACAGCUACUGAAAUAAUGGCGGUAAUUUAUCUCCACAGAAAGCAGCUGUGCUCCUGUUUAAUGCUAGUAUUAAAGGUAAAUAAAUUGUUGCCAGGUCUGCGUCUUUUUUCUUUUCCUUUCAAUGAAUCCAUGGCAUUCCAUGGUAUAUUUAUCAGCAGGAUUUGAGUAUACUUUUCAUGUGGUUAGAAAGGGCAUCUUCAGGCCAGCUGCCCAUAACUGUGGGUUUGUAGAAUAUCCUGCAAUAUGUUACAGUUAAAUAAAUGUACAUAUCCUUUCUUAUAGUCUGGACUUCAGGUCAUUAACGUCAUACUUUUUUAAAUUUACGUUUUACUUGUGUGUCCCUUUCUAGCAUAACUAUUUCUCCACAUUGCAUUACCUUUCACAAACAUCAGUGUUGCAGCCCCUCUUGUAACUGAUGGGAUUUUAUCACAUUUCCUGGCAUUGGUCAUUAUUUUGGGCACAUCUUGUGCUAUAAUCAGAGUGAAGUGAAAGAAACAAAAUCCUACACUGGUUCCCUUCCACCCUUCAAGUCAUCUACUCUUCGUACCUUCUUUAAAUAUUCAACAGGUGACCUGGACUUUUGGUUGAUUACAUAGUGUUAAUUUUGGUUUUCAGUUUUGUUGUUGUUGUUGUUUUGUUAGACAGGGUUUUGUGUAGCCAGGACUUAUUAUGUAGCUGAGAAUAAACUCUGAACCACUGACCCUUCUCCCUCUGCCUCUGCCUCCUGCACAAGGACUGGGAUUGCAGUCAAGUCCGUGCUCUGCUUGGGCUUUAUACGAAUGUAUUGUACUAGCUCUACAUAACAUGCCUCUAAAUAUUUAAACUAUUUGUUGAAAUGUUGCCCCGAGAAACAAAUGUGGAGACGGGAAAUUCCCUGUGCUGAUAUAGAGGACACCCACAUGUCUCUGUGGGGUGGACUGGGGAUUUAAAGAGGUCUGGUGUGGUACUGGUUUAAUGAGCCCCUCAAUUUCUUUUAACCCCUCUUUCAUGUCAAUCUCAUUAAAGCAUGUAAU